CCGGCCUGCCAGGGUCCGCCCUGCUCCUCCCCGUCCCGCCCAGUGGGAUCUCGGGGACUUUUCUCCAGCGGAGACAAGCGGCGGGGGCAGCCGGAGGACGGAGCUGGCCCCGCCGAGUCCUGGACGGAUGGACAGCUCCAGGAUGAGGCUCUGGUUCCUGCUCACUGUGGAGGCCAUAGGAAUCCUGUUGGUACCAGUGCAAGGACAGGGGGAGAGAGGUCGAGUGACCUGCACCAACCUCUAUGCUGCCGACAUCGUCUUCCUGCUGGACGGAUCCUCCUCCAUUGGCCGAAACAACUUUCGAGAAGUCCGGGCCUUCAUGGAGGGGCUGGUGCUUCCCUUCACCGAGGUCGUGGGGCCUUCUGGUGUCCGCUUCAGUGUGGUGCAAUACAGUGAUGACCCACGGACUGAGUUCGGCUUGGAUACCUAUGGUUCUGGUAAUGAAGUGAUCCAAGCAGUUCGAGAGCUCACCUACAAGGGAGGAAACACUCGCACAGGGGCUGGAUUCCGGCACAUCGCAGACUAUAUCUUUCUGCCUCGGCUUGCUCGACCUGGUGUCCCCAAGGUCUGCAUCCUCAUCACUGAUGGGAAGUCUCAGGACCAGGUGGAAUCGGCAGCUCAGAGGCUGAAGGGGCAGGGGGUGAAGGUGUUUGCUGUGGGGAUCAAGAAUGCUGAUCAGGGAGAACUCCGGAGGACAGCUUCAGAGCCCCCAGAUGUCUUCUUUUACUUUGUCAACGACUUUAAUAUCCUCAGCACCCUGUUGCCCCUCGUGUCCCGCCGCGUCUGCACCACCACGGGCGGCACCCCCCAGAUCCUGCCCCCAGAAGGCCUCCCCUCGGGUCCCCGAGAUCUGGUGCUGUCACAGGCCAGCAGCAAUUCCCUCUUGGCUGAGUGGACAGCAGCCAGUGGUCCUGUGAUCAGCUAUAAAGUCCAGUAUGUCCCUCUCACCGGGCUGGGACAGCCUGUGCCUGACCAGCGGCAGGAGGUGACUGUACCAGCCGGGGAGACGAGGGUCCGGCUGCAAGGUCUGCGGCCACAGACUGAAUACCAGGUGACAGUGGUCGCCCAGUACGCCAAUAGCGUUGGCGAGGCCGUGAGCAGGACUGCCCAGACCUUUGCACUGGAGGGGCCCAUGAUCUCCAUCCAGAAUGCCACGGCCCACACUCUCUUGGUGGCCUGGCGGCCUGUGGCUGGAGCCACUGGUUAUCGAGUGACCUGGAGAAAUUUAGAGAGUGGGUCCUCUCAGCAGCUGGACGUUGGCCGAGGCCAGUCGUCUGCCCUUCUAAAGGGCCUGAGUCCAGACUCGGAAUACGUGGUGACUGUGACCCCUCUCCACGGCCGGACACCAGGGCCUUCUGCGUCACUGACAGCCCGCACAGAGCGGGACAUCAUUCAGAAUUUACAGACGGUCAUCUUGGGCCCGACAUCCAUCCAUGUCUUCUGGACGCACAUCCCUGAAGCCCAGGGCUACAGACUGGAGUGGAGACCAGUGAGCGGCUUGGAGCCAACGCAGACAGUGCUGCUGUCCACGGAUGUGACCAGUUACCAGCUUCAGGGGCUGCAACCUGGCACCGAGUAUCGACUCACACUCUAUACCCUUUAUGAGGGGCGUGAAGUGGCUACCCCUGCCACCAUCUCCCAAACCGUGCUGGAGCCGACCCCGGGCCGAGUGACUGAUUUACGAGUAGCUGAGACGUAUCCAUCCAGGCGGCUAGUUAGGGUGGUCUGGAGCCCUGUGCCCGGUGCCUCUGGCUACCGUUUUGUGGUUCGAAACACGCAAGAUGGCUCUGAGAAGAUACAGAAGCUUCCUCCCGAGCCGACAAGCUUUGAUCUGGACAGAGUCCAGCCUGGUGUGAGCUAUGUAGUGCGUGUAUCAGCCCUGGCAGGCAGCCGAGAAGGCCCUCCUGGCGUCCUUACUGUUCGGCUUGACCCCGAGUCCUUGCCCAGAGUCCCCAGACUUCGAGUGGUAGCAUCAGAACCGGGCCGGGUCCAGGUGUCCUGGGGCCCAGUGCCUGGAGCCAGUGGUUACCGGCUAAGCUGGCGGCUGAGAGACGGCCAGGAAUCCUCCAGGAUUCUGCCAUCAGACACCACAUCCUUUGACAUUGGGGGGCUGCGGCCAGGGGCCACAUACCAAGUCUCAGUGUCUGCUCUACGGGGUGCUGACCAGGGUCCCCCCUCAAUCAUCACCAUCAUCACAGACUCUCCAGGAUCCGUGGCUGGUCUUCGAGUGACUUAUACUGGGAGCUCCUCUGCCAGAAUCACCUGGACGGGGGUCCCAGGAGCCACAAGCUAUAGGAUCUCUUGGCACUCAGGCAGAGGGCCGGAACAAUCCCAGCUAAUCCCUGGGGAAGCUUCAACAGCCACACUGGAUGGGCUGGAACCAAACACAGACUACACAGUGAGAGUAACAGCCCUGGUGGGCAGCUUGGAGGGGGCCCCAGCUUCUGUGGCGGUGAGGACUGCCCCGGAGCCCGUCGGGGCGGUGUCCAAGCUCCAGAUCCUAGACUCAUCCAGCGACGUUGUGCGAGUCACCUGGGUGGGAGUGCCCGGCGCCACGUCCUACCGGCUGGUGUGGGGAAGAAGGGACGGCGGCCCCGAGAGUAGCCGGAUGCUCCCAGGAGACACGGAGUCUGCCGAGAUUGGGGGCCUGGAGGGGGGCGUCAGUUACACCGUGCGGGUGACUGCGCUGAUAGGGAACCGCGAGGGGGCGCCCGUGAGCCUCACAGUGACCACACCGUCCGUGGCUCCCGUUGCCCCCGGCUCCCUUAGGCUCCUGCAGAGUGAGCAGCGAGCGCUGCGCCUGGCUUGGGACCCUGUGCGCGGGGCCGGCGGGUUCCGGCUCCGCUGGCGGCCCGAAGGAGGCUCAGAGCAGUCCCGGCUCCUGGGUCCGGAUGUCAGCCGCUAUGACCUGGUGGGGCUGGAGCCCGGCACGCUGUACUAUGUGAGCUUGAGCACCUUGGGUCCUUCGGGAUCAGGCGAGAGCCCGCCCGUGACCCUGACUGCCCGCACUGGACCUCCCUCCCUGCUUACCACUGACCUUCGUGUUGUGGAGACUUCACUGGAUUCGGUGACACUGGCCUGGACACCGGUGCCAGGGAUAUCCAGCUACGUCCUGUCGUGGAGACCAGCACCAGGCUCUGGCCACACUUCCCCUGGGUCUCAACAGACACUUGCAGGUUCCUUGAGUUCCCAGAGAGUGUCAGGGCUGGAGCCUGGCGUCUCCUACACCUUUUCCUUAACACCUAUCCAAGGGAGUAGCCGAGGUCCCGAAGUUUCACUCACUCAGCAUCCUGAGUGCCCCCGCGGCCAGGCAGAUGUGGUGUUCCUGAUCCAUGCCACUAGGGACAACGAGCACCAAUCAGGUGUGGUGAAGGCUGCCCUCGGCCGCCUGGUGUCUGCCCUGGGACCACUUGGGCCAGAUGCUGUGCAGGUUGGGCUUAUGACCUACAGUCACCGACCCUCCCCCCUGGUCCCCCUGAAUGGCUCCUAUGAUCGAAACUCCAUCCUUCAGCGGAUCCAGGGCAUUCCCUACACAGAUCCAAGUGGGAACAACCUUGGUGCUGCCAUCAGCACGGCACACAGGUACCUGCUGGCUCCUAACAGCAGUGGCCGUCGCUCCCAUGUGCCAGGCUUGCUGGUGCUGGUGGUGGACGGUCCUUCAGGAGACGAUGUCAUCAGUCCUGCUCGGGAGGCGCAGGCUGCAGGGAUUUCUGUGCUGGCGCUGGGUCUGCCUGGGGCUCAGCCGGAGCAGCUGAGGCGGCUGGUGUCCAGUGGGGAUCCUGCGCCGGUCUUUAUCGCUGCGGACAAUACCCGUGGCCUGGAGCAGGCACUUGGUGGCCUGGCCCCUGCUCUGUGCCAGCUGGCCUCUGGCACCCAGCUGAGGCCCGUGCCCUGCCCAUCCCAGUGUCCCAGGGGUCCAAAAGGGGAACCUGGAGAGGCUGGCCAGAAAGGACAAAUUGGCCCCCCUGGAGACCCGGGCAGGAGCGGCCCCCCUGGACCCCGGGGGUUACCCGGAAGUGGCGAGAAGGGGGAGAGGGGGUUCCCUGGAGUGGAUGGACAGCCAGGCCGCCCUGGCAACCCUGGAAGUCCUGGCCUGGCAGGCUCUCCUGGCCGGCCUGGCUCUCGAGGGGAAGCGGGGGAACCAGGCCUGCCCGGACAGAAGGGGGAGCCGGGAAAGCCUGGCUCUAUUGUAGGAGGAGGAGCAGGGCAGCCCGGCAGGAAGGGGGAGCCAGGUGUCCAGGGACCUCCAGGCCCCCGUGGCUCAGAUGGGAAUCCCGGCCUGCCAGGGCCCCGAGGACCAUCGAUCAAGGGUGACAAAGGUGACAGAGGAGAGCCGGGUCUUCCUGGAGCAGGCGGUGGAGGUGUUGGAGGAGGUGAUCCUGGGCUGCCGGGCCUCCCAGGAAAUCCAGGUCCUGCAGGCCCCCCUGGCCCCCAGGGGGAGAAAGGAGACAAGGGAGAAGGCGAAGAUGGAUUUCCAGGGCUCCCAGGUCGACCAGGAAACCCAGGAGACCGAGGUCCUCGAGGACCACCAGGAGAAACUGGAAGCAAAGGAGACCCAGGCCAGCCAGGGUCUUCAGGGAACCCGGGAGAGAAGGGUGAUCGAGGCCUCCCAGGACUGCCAGGGCUGCAGGGGGAACCUGGCUUGUCAGGGAGACCCGGGGCUGAGGGCCAAGAGGGACCUCCAGGACCCGCUGGUCGAAGAGGAGAGAAGGGAGAACCUGGAGAACCUGGCAAACCUGGCGUGAUCACGGGCUUUGAUGGUACUGGAGUGAAAGGAGAGAAGGGGAAUCCGGGCCCGGAGGGACCCAGGGGAGGCCCAGGACCCAAAGGGGACCGGGGUCCAUCGGGAAUUGGUGUUCCCGGGGAUCCCGGCCCCAAAGGGGAGCCCGGAGACCGAGGUGCCAUAGGUCUCACGGGCAGAGCCGGGCCCAAGGGUGACCUGGGGGCUUCGGGAGAGAAAGGGGAGCCUGGACGAGCUGGGCCGCCGGGACCCACCGGCCCUCGAGGGAGAGACGGGGAACCUGGAGAGAAGGGAGAGGAGGGCGCUGUGGGUGACACAGGCCUGCCGGGAAAGCCUGGAGACCGGGGCCUUCGGGGGCUCCCAGGCCUUCGGGGCACGCCGGGGGAGAAGGGCGACCAAGGCGACCCUGGAGAGGAUGGGCGGAAUGGCAGUCCGGGACCAGUGGGUCUCAAAGGUGACCGUGGGGAGCCGGGGCCCCCAGGACCCCCUGGGAGAUUGGUGGAUCCAGGGACUGUUCCAGGGGUCGGAGAGAAAGGAAUCAAGGGGGAGCCUGGUGACCCCGGAGAGGAUGGGCCUCGGGGCCCCAAGGGAGAUGCCGGACCCCCAGGAGCUCCUGGGGAGAGGGGGCCUGAAGGUCUGCGGGGUGCCCCUGGAUCUCGGGGAGAUCCAGGUGACCGGGGCCCUGCUGGCGAGAAGGGUGAGCGCGGAGCCCCUGGGUCUGAGGGCCGGAACGGACUGGAUGGGAAGCCGGGCGCCAUAGGCCCCCCUGGCCUGAGGGGUGACACCGGCAAAAGUGGGGAGCCCGGGAGAGAUGGACUCCCUGGCCUGAGAGGGGAACAGGGCCCCCCUGGACCUCCUGGUCUUCCUGGAGUGACUGGGAAGCCUGGAGAUGAUGGGAAGCCCGGGCUGAACGGAAGGAAUGGAGAGCCUGGGGACCCCGGAGAGGACGGGAGGAAGGGCGACAAAGGUGAAGCUGGAGCCCCUGGAAGAGAUGGCCGGGACGGUUCCAAAGGCGAUCGUGGGGACGUAGGAAGCCCAGGCCUGCAGGGCCCCCCUGGACUCCCUGGCCCAGUCGGCCCCCCCGGCCAGGGUUUCCCAGGCGUGGCCGGGGCUCCAGGGCCCAAGGGUGACCGAGGAGAAGCAGGAGCCAGGGGUGAACAGGGUCUCCCUGGAGAGCGUGGCUUGAAAGGGGAUUCGGGCUCUGUGACAAACAUAGAGCAAUCCCUGGAAUCCCUUGGACUGAGGGUGUCUGCACUUCGACAAAUUGUCAAAGAGAGCUCAGAAGGCUUCUUGAGGCCUCCGGACCAAUUCCGAGGCUACAAGGGGGAGCCUGGAGAGCGGGGGCCGGCGGGCAAGGAGGGGCCUGUUGGCUUGACUGGAGAGCGAGGCCCGAAGGGAGACAGAGGAGACAUGGGUCCCCCCGGACCUCCAGGCCAGGGCCUGAUAGAGAGAGGAGUCCCUGGUCCCCCCGGUCAGCCUGGGGAACCAGGCAAGCCUGGUAUUCCUGGGCUCCCGGGCCGAGCAGGAGAGCUGGGCGAGGUUGGACGGCCAGGGGAGAGGGGGGAGCGCGGAGAGAAGGGGGAGCGUGGCGAGCCGGGCAGAGAUGGGCUACAAGGUCCUCCUGGACUCCCAGGGCCGAAGAUCGAUGUGGAUGGAAUCGUUCCCGGAGGCCCUGGUGUCCCUGGGAUCAGGGGACCUAAGGGUGAGCCCGGCAGAGACGGCGAUCGCGGCUCCAAAGGAGAUAAGGGAGAAAACGGAGUCAAGGGUGACCGUGGAGAGGCUGGAGAGAAGGGCCGAGACGGGAGCCCGGGUCCUUCAGGAGAGCGGGGACCCUCGGGGCCGGAAGGGAAGCCGGGUCUUCCAGGUGCGAGAGGAGCCCCGGGUCCAGCGGGCAACCACGGGGACCCAGGACCACACGGUGCCCCGGGACUUGCUGGCCCCCCGGGGCCCCAGGGCCCGUCUGGCUUGAAGGGGGAGCCUGGUGAGCCUGGACCACCCGGGCGGGGCCUGCCUGGCCCCCAGGGAGUGGUAGGUCUGCCCGGACCUCCAGGUUCUUCCGGCCUUGUGGGCCCACAGGGGCCACCGGGUUUGCCAGGCCAAGUGGGGGAGACAGGGAAGCCUGGAGUGACGGGCCGGGAUGGCAAAGAUGGAGAAAGGGGAGCUCCUGGUGUCCCUGGGCCACCUGGCCUACCAGGCCCUGUUGGACCCAAGGGGGAGCCUGGAGCUACAGGACUCCCAGGACAGGCUGUUGUCGGGCCCCCUGGUAUGAAGGGUGAGAAGGGAGCUCCUGGAGGCCUUGCUGGGGAUCUAGUGGGAGAACCUGGAUCCAAGGGGGACAGAGGACUUCCUGGACCUCGAGGAGAGAAGGGUGAGGCCGGACGACCUGGGGAGCCUGGAGAUCCCGGAGAAGAUGGCCGGAAAGGGGCAACGGGACUCCGAGGUGAAAAGGGCUCCAUGGGAAUUGGGGUCCAGGGACCCCCUGGAUCAGAUGGGCCCCCAGGCCCAAAGGGAGAUUCAGGCUUUCCAGGCCCUCCUGGACCCCCAGGGACACCAGGUGUUGUGGGAUUCCCUGGCCAAGCAGGCCCCAGAGGAGAGUCUGGGCAGCCGGGCCUUUCUGGAGAAAGGGGUGUAACGGGUCCCCCCGGGAAAGAAGGGGUCCCAGGCCCUCCCGGGCUUCCAGGACCAGCCGGGGCAGUGGGACCUCUUGGAGCCCCCGGACCCAAAGGAGACAAGGGAGAUCCUGGAGUGGGGCAGCCAGGAGCCCGAGGAGAGAGAGGGGAUCCAGGAGUCCGAGGUGAAAAUGGCCGUCCUGGUCUGGAGGGAGACAGAGGCCCCGCAGGCCCGCCAGGGAGUCGGGGAGAGCGAGGGGACAAGGGUGAUGCCGGAGGCCCUGGACUGAAGGGUGACAAGGGUGACACAGCUGUGAUCGAGGGGCCCCCUGGGCCUCGAGGCCCCAAGGGAGAGACGGGUGACCGAGGCCUAAGAGGCUUGGAUGGUGACAAAGGGGCUCGAGGGGACAAUGGCCUUCCUGGGGAAAAGGGCGUGAAGGGAGAGCUGGGCGACAGAGGCUCUCCGGGAUCCCAGGGUGCCCGAGGCCCCGUGGGGCAGAAGGGCGACAGUGGGGACCCAGGGAUGCCUGGGGUGCCGGGCCUCUCUGGGAAGGGUGGCGCCCCUGGUGCCCAUGGAGAGAAGGGAGAGCCAGGCUUUAUGGGCCCCCGAGGCCUCAAGGGAGAUCGAGGCCUGAAAGGGGCCUGUGGCCAAGACGGAGAGAAAGGGGACAAGGGGGAAGCAGGAAUCCACGGACGGCCUGGACUUCCUGGACGGAAAGGAGAGAUGGGGGAGAUGGGGCUGCCUGGCCUGUCAGGGCACCCAGGAAAGGAGGGUUUGAUUGGCCCCAAGGGUGACCGAGGCUUUGAUGGUCAGCAAGGACCGAAGGGUGACCAGGGCGAGAAAGGGGAGCGCGGACUUCCUGGUGUUGGGGGGAUCCAGGGUCCCAGGGGCAGUGAUGGAGCCUCUGGGCCUCCUGGGCCUCCUGGUAGCAUCGGCCCUAAAGGUCCCGAGGGCAUUCAGGGGCAGAAGGGUGAGAGGGGCCCCCCUGGGGAGAGUGUGGUUGGUGCCCGAGGGGUCCCUGGAAUCCCAGGAGAGCGAGGGGAACAGGGAAGCGUAGGUCCCAUGGGCCCGCGAGGAGAAAAAGGGGAGCCCUCCAUGACGGCCUCCGACAUCCGGAGCUUCAUUCGACAGGAGAUGAGUCAGCAUUGCGCCUGUGGCGGUCAGUAUAUAGCAUCAGGAUCAAGACCCCUUCCCAGUUACUCUGCAGAUACCCCAGGCCCUGACCCCUGGCCCCAUCCAAUCCCUGUGCUGAGGCUCUCCCAUGCAGAGGAGGAAGGGCCGGGGCCUCCAGAAGAUGAUGAGUACUCCAUGGAGGAUUAUGAGGACAUGGAGGGGGAUGCUACUGAGGAGCCCUGGGCUGCUGGUCAUGGCCUGUGCUCUCUGCCACUGGAUGAAGGCUCUUGCUCUAAUUAUACACUACGCUGGUAUCACCGCCCCGGUAGGGGCUGUCAUCCCUUUGUGUUUGGUGGCUGUGAGGGCAAUGCCAACCGCUUCAGUUCCCGGGAGGACUGUGAACGACAAUGUCUACCCCAUGGAGGCCCAGGUAGUGCUCCCCCUCUCUCCUAGAGUUGAGGUGCCACAAUGGACAGAGUACCUGGGUCAGGUGCUGUUCCUGCCCCCUGCUGAGGGGGAGCGAGUGCUGACCCUGGAGGAGGCAGGGGGGUGCAGAAGGCCCGGCCCCCUCCGGCCCCCUCCCUUUUAGGCCCCUCAGACGGGGCUGAUGGGAACUUGGUGCUACGUGGGUGUGUGUGUGUAUGCUUGUCAAUUUCCGUGAAAAUGUAUCCAGUGAAAGGCCGAGGGGCCGGCCGGACCCUCCUCCAGAAUUCUGCCUCCCCUCAGUUCUGCCCCCGUCCCCCAGGCCGGAGGGAUCCAGGGGGGCGGGGGCAGGUGGUGCUAACAGAGCUGACCUUCAAUGGACUGCUGUCUGUCUGUCUGUCCAUCUGGCCCCUGCCCCGCUGCUGGCUCUGAUGGUGCUGACUCAGGUCAAGGACAAGGGGACAUGGGGCAGGGACAGGUCUCUUGGGGGCCUCCCUCCACCUCUUGGGUCCCAGAUUGGGGUAUGUUUUGGAAUCAUUAAAGCUGCUGUUUUCAAGGGUGUACUGCUCUGUGUCUGUGAGGGGGGAUUCUGUAGGGGAACAAUAGAGAGGGGAUGGGGGACUUCUUGGAGCUGGGAGGAGAGUUUAGGGAUUCAUUUACCCAAGAAUGAAGAAUGGUGAUGAGGGGCUUGUGGAGUGUCUGGAUGGGACUAGACCAGGAGAUGCUUGUGGAGAAGCUGGUAUGGGUGUGUUUCUGAAGAGGAUGUAGAUGGGCAGAAUGAGGGGAAGGAGAGCCACAGAAAAUGAGCUGGUAACUCCUGUUCUAGCUGGAAUUCCCAUGGGCUUGCUUAUUUAUUUAUCUCCUUUUCAUUUAAAAUAUUUUGAAAAUUAAUAUCUUUUAUUUUUCUUACCUUGAUUUUCAAAUAUAUCCCCUCCCCCCUGCCUUACAUAGUCAUUCCUUGUCACCAAGAAUAAAAAAAUAAAGAAAAAUAAAAUUCA